UCGUGCCGCACUCUUUCUCGUGUCCUUCUCCUGGAGUAAUCUUCUGUCCUUUCUCGUGUACGUCAAUUGAAUUUCCAUUUCUUUUGUUUGCUUCUCUUGGAGAAAGGUGAACCCUCGUGUUGCUGUUUUAUUUGAUCUUUGCUCUUAAUUAUAGUUUUUACCCUUGCGGUCCCUGAUGGCUUCGCACAGUGAUACUCUGGUGGUGUUCUUUGGGGCAACAGCUGGUGCAAAUGGGGGUAAACUGGGGUCGGAUGAAAGGGAAUUAAUUCUCUUGGUGUGGCAAAUUGUGGAUCUACAUGAGAAUAAGGUGGGCAAGCUUCAGCGGACUCUAGUACAGCCGGACAGUGCGGAUCUGUCGGAGCAGUGCAAGGAAGAGACCGGGCUCACGGCGGAGGAGCUGUGCAAGGCCGAGCCCCUGGAGAGCGUCCUGCAACAGUUUCAUCAGUCAGUGUCAGCUGAACUGAAGUCUCUGGGCAGAAGCUCCUACACGCUGUGUGUGGACGGACCACUGCUUAUCCGACAGGUGCUGCACCCUGAGGCCUCCAAAAAGAAUCUAGUCCUGCCAGAGUGCUUCUACACAUUUGUGGACUUGAAGAAAGAGUUUCACAAAUGCUGCCCAAAUGCAGGCCCUGUCAAAGAUCUCACUCUGACCUCCAUGCUGGACUAUGUGUGUAUUCCAGCGGCGGUGGAGCAGGAGGCCGGACUGAGGGAGGUGAAGAACAUGGUUCUGCUAAUUCUACAUCUCCUGGUUGAGCCUUACAAUCACAAAUUCUCCACUUUUGAGACUGUAAACUACAAGUUUGAAUCCGGAGCAUGCAGUAAGACAGAAGCUGUGGACAUUGAGACGGUCAUCAGAGCUCGUGGGUUGCCAUGGCAGUCGUCUGAUCAGGACAUCGCUCGCUUCUUCAAGGGCCUCAACAUUGCCAAAGGUGGCGUUGCGCUGUGUUUAAAUGCUCAGGGCCGGAGGAAUGGAGAAGCUCUGGUGCGCUUCAUAAACUCUGAGCACAGAGACAUGGCACUGGAUCGACAUAAACACCACAUGGGCAACAGAUACAUUGAAGUGUAUAAAGCGACUGGGGAGGAAUUUCUAAAGAUUGCAGGAGGCACGUCCAAUGAGGUAGCUCAGUUUCUUUCUAAGGAGAACCAAGUGAUAAUCCGAAUGCGUGGGCUUCCGUUCACUGCUACCCCUCAGGAUGUUCUGGGCUUCCUGGGACCGGACAGCCCAGUGACUGAUGGGACGGAGGGGCUUCUGUUUGUGAAGUACCCAGACGGACGUCCCACAGGCGAUGCGUUUGUUCUCUUUGCCUGUGAGGAAUAUGCCCAGAAUGCCCUGAAGAAGCACAAACAGAUCCUGGGCAAGAGAUAUAUUGAGCUGUUCCGCAGUACUGCAGCUGAGGUCCAACAGGUUUUGAAUCGCUACAUGUCCACUCCAUUGAUCUCCACACUUCCUCCUCCUCCUCCUCCUCCGAUGGUAUCUGUGCCUGUGUUAGCCACACCACCCUUCAUCACCACCGGCAGCAUGCGAGACUGCAUCAGGCUGAGAGGUCUGCCGUACACCGCCGCCAUCGAGGACAUCCUGGAGUUUAUGGGAGAACACACCAUUGAUAUCAAACCACAUGGGGUGCACAUGGUCCUUAACCAACAGGGUCGACCCUCUGGUGAUGCCUUCAUUCAAAUGAAGUCAGCUGACCAUGCUUUUAUGGUGGCUCAGAAGUGCCACAAGAAGAUGAUGAAGGACCGUUACGUAGAGGUGUUCCAGUGCUCCACUGAGGAGAUGAGCUUUGUGCUGAUGGGGGGAACGCUUAACCGCAGCGGCCUCUCGCCACCUCCUUGCAAACUGCCCUGUCUCUCUCCACCAACAUAUGCUGCAUUUCCUGCAACUCCAGCUAUGCUUCCCACUGAGGCAGCGUUGUAUCAGCCCCCCCUGCUGGCCACUCCAAGAACUCCACAGGCCCCAGCACAUAACCCUGCACCUGCUUUAGCCUACUACUCUCCACAGCUUUACAUGAACAUGAACAUGAGCUACACCACCUACUACCCCAGUCCACCGGUCUCUCCCUCCGCGAUGAGUUAUUUUGCGGCCCCGCCGGGUUCAGUAGCAGCAGCUGUGGCCGCCCAGCCGGCCCCUGCUAUCCUCCCCCCUCAGCCCGGGGCACUGGUGCGAAUGCAGGGUCUGCCGUACAACGCUGGGGUCAAAGACAUCCUCAGCUUCUUUCAGGGAUAUCAGUACGCUCCUGAGGACUACAGCAGCUUGCUCGGAGUGAGUGAUCAGGGCCGGAGUCUCAUUCAGCCUAAAGAGUGGCUUUGUCUGUAGGGGCAGCCUCUCCAGCUCCAGGCGGACUCUGUGCUCAUGCUGUAUAACUGGAGUGGUCAGCGUAGUGGGGAGGCGCUGGUGACCUUCCCCAGUGAG